CAUUCCAUAUUCUUCCUAAUCAAAUAAAACCAAUUUUAGGAAGACGUAUUUACCAUUUCGCCCCCGCAAAAGCUCUCUUUACUUCUUUAUCGCGGUCUCAUAACACCAUUUUCCACUCUUGUCGCAGUCUCCAGAGAUAGAAUAUCCAGUGAAAUCGUUAGAAGAAGGAAUCAAGAAGUCAAUUAUGGGUCAGAUCCAGUACUCCGAGAAAUACUUUGAUGAUACCUACGAGUAUAGGCAUGUCGUUCUUCCUCCUGAAGUGGCAAAGCUGCUCCCCAAGAACCGACUUCUCUCUGAGAAUGAAUGGCGUGCUAUCGGUGUUCAGCAAAGCCGUGGGUGGGUUCACUAUGCUAUUCAUCGCCCUGAGCCCCAUAUUAUGCUCUUCAGAAGGCCUCUGAACUAUCAGCAGCAACACGAGAAUCAGGCUCAGCAAAACUUGCUUGCAAAGUGAUCUUUUUAAACUCUUAAUAUGUAAAAACAAAUUCAGUGAAAGUAUUUAGGGUUUAUGUUCUGCAUAAACAGUUGAAUAUUGGUAUUGUACUGUAAUGUUCUCUUAUGGACUAUUAAAUCUUUUAUGUUGUUUAAAACAUGGAGCUCAUUACUAUGUCAUAUGGGUUGCUUUAUUAAAACUAUGGCUGUUUACUUCUGUCGUA